GAAAGCCCUAUCAUAGGAGAUUGGGGCUUUUAUAAUGUUGCUAAUGCAUCAACAUCACUAUCAACAACUACUAUUACCAAAUUAGGCGAUGAACCUGUAGUAUUCUGCACGGAUGAUCAAUGUGGCUCAUCGAAAUAUCAAUUGAUGGGCUAUUAUUAUGCACUGUUCCCAGCGUUGCCGGGUGUCAUGAUGACACUUUCCCAGACGUUCACACUGUUUGACAUCGACACGUCCAAACAGACAUUCAUCCUGGAGUACCUUGUGUCGUCAAGUGUGCUGCAGGCCGAGACAUUCUCGUCGAUGAAGGUACUGGUCGACGACACUGUCGUCUACGUCUCAAUUGGCAGCGUAGUCUAUGGUGACCUACAACGCAUCAAUCUCUUGGACUACAUCAACAUCACAUCAUCUGGCGCCAACGGCUACACUCAUACUCUAACAUUCGCUGCAGAGUUUGUUGGAUCAUCAUCUCCAUCAUCAUACUAUCAGAUAUCGUCUGUUGUCGUCAGACGUGUACCACUUACCACGUCGGACUUGUUGAGCCAAGAUGUGUACGUGGACGUUGCAAAGGGAUCGGACAAGCAGGGCACGGGCGCAAUAAACGCGCCCUUCAGCACACUGGGCACAGCGCUACAAUGGACCACGCCAGGCUACACUAUACACCUUCAGCCCGGCGUCUAUUGUGGUCUGUCGAUGGCAACGCCUCUGCUUCAGACAGAUUUGAACAUUCAAUCAGUGAGUGGCGACCCCACCAACACGGUGCUGCACGGACAGUGGCUGCUGUCGGCCUUUCAAGUGGCCCCGAGCCAGCCCACAAAGGUGAGCGUGCAGGGCAUCACCAUCACCAACACCUAUGCGUCGGCACGAUCACCUGGAGGCGGUGCGCUCUUUGUUGAGGGCACGACCAAUGUGACAUUCACCAACUGCAUCUUUUCAAACAAUGUCGACUCAGCCAACCUUGGUGCGAUUCUCCUGCGCGGUCCCAGCAACACUGUGCUCAAUCUCGUGCAGUGCACCAUCAACAACUGCUCAACUUCGACGUCUCAGCAGUCGACGCCCGCGGUCAAUGUGCUCGGAUUCGACUCGUUCCAAGCCCUGACCAUCGCGAACUCUCAGUUCACCGACAACACAUACUCAUUGUUUGUCGAUCAGACCAAUGCAGUCGACAUCCACAACACAACAUUCGUGGGUACAUCACGCGCAUCUACAUCACUCUGUUCAGUCCAGUUCUCGCGAUCCGAUUACGUGGCAUUCCGCAACAACACAUUGACGCAACACAGUAACUGCGCGCUGUGUGUGAUCAACAGCAAUGUAUACAUGGUGUCAUCAUCGUUCGAUCACAACUACAUGACUUUCGACGGCCCCGGCGCCAACAUAUUCGUCAGCCAAAACUCCAUCGUCAACAUCACGGACGGCUCGAUCACAGACUCGACCGCGACGUCGGGCACAGCGCUCUUUGUCAUGGAGAACUCCAACGUCAACAUCAACACGCUGUACAUUCGCGACGUGUCCACAGUGUCUAGCUUUGGCGCCAUUAUCUCGGCAUCAGAGAGCAGCAUGGAGUUCAAUGACCUGACGAUCGAGAACAGCACAGGCAACUACAUGUUCUACCUGUUCUACAGCAAUGUCAACAUGGCCGCGUCGUCCAUCACCCGCACGGUCGGUGGAAUCUGGGCUACGCAGUCCACCGUGUUGCUGACUGACAGCACAUUUAGCGAGAUCGAGAAGAGCCCAGCGGAGGACUACAUCUACCUGUACCAGGAGUGUCGCGUGUCAGUAACGAGCUGCACGUUCAGCCAGCACGGCGCGUCCACCAUCCACUACCUGGCUCUGACUGUCAUCGACCUAAAUCAGAUCAACGUGCUCAACAAUAGUGGUACCUUCAUCAAGCUUACGCCCAUGUCUUUCGUCGAGGUGACGGGCGGUCAGUACAACUACAACAUGGACUCAAUCUUUAGCCAGCAGGGCAACUCAUAUCUCACGAUCGUGAAUGUUUCAUUCGCAGCUAAUCAGGCGGUGAGUGGCGCCGUGAUCAAUCAGCAGAUGGGCGCCACUGCGUCCGUCUACUCGUCCAUCUUCACCAACAAUAUCGUCAGUAACAAGGGUGGCUGCGUGUAUAUUGGACCGAGCUCGUCCACAACCCUCACCAACUGCACAAUGUCUGGAAAUCGUGCCGAGAUGGGCGGUGUCAUCGCGGCUGGCGACAACGCCACACUCACUCUCUAUGGCGGACAAUACUUUGACAACAUAGCCGUGGAGGGCGGCGGCGUCAUUUUCUACACGACGAACGUGCCAACAUUCAUUGACGUGCCGGUGUUCACAAACAACAAUGCCACUUACGGCCCCGUGAUGGCCACGCCGCCCACUUAUCUCCAGCUGAUGAGCCCUUUCCCCAUCAACAUUGUCUCCAACAUCACGCAGUUCAGCGGCCGUGUCGCCGUCCUUGAUAACCUCAACCAGGUCGUGGCGUUCUCGGAGCCAAUGCACAAGGUUCUACCUGCAGAUCAGUGGUGA